AUGAGGCUCCCAACGCUCCUAUCCGCCCUCCUGGCCGGCGCCGCAACGGUCGCGCUAGCCAGCGACGAAUCAACACGUACAGCAGCAAUCUACAUCCAACCCCUAACCGACCCGUCCACACCACCCUCCCUCCUCGCGGAGCUCGCCAUCCCCGACAUCGACAACGACCCAUCAGCACCCAAUUCCCCAGAAGACGACGACGCCCCGAUCGCAGCCGAAGUGCUCUCCUACUCCGCGCCGGAACUCCCCGACGAAGACGACACAACAACAACAACCAACACCAACCUCGUGCGCAUCGGCAUCUACUCGCCCGCAGCCGGCGGAGGCUGGAUCUCAUCAACAUCUGUAGCGUCAACGGCCAACUUCGCCAAGGGCUACGCGCCGCACUUUGCCGUGACGGUCGACGGCGACGGCGCCUACGUGGGCGUGGCCUGCCGCGGCGUCGCCAUCGACGCCGGCGUGACCCGCGACUUCGGCCCGCAGGCUGUCGUGCUGCGCACAGCGCCCGGCUCCCAGCCCGCGCUGGGCAAGCCGGUGGUGUUGAGCCCCGAGGGGAGGAAGGUUGCGGAGGAGGGGGAGAAGAGCUUUAUUCAGAAGUGA